AUGGCAGAACAACUAGACAAUACAGACGGCUUUGGAGAGAAAACUUCAUUCUCAGUGAGCAGGUUUGUUGAAGGGGGAACCCAUAGUAUUGCGUUGUGUGGAGGUGCGAGAAAUAGCCUUCCUGUUGGUGUCAAUGGUGUGCCGUUGAAGCCUUCUGAUAGUAGUCGCAUUGAUUUACAACCGAACGUAGAGGUCGAGGAGGAUAAUAUCACUCAUAGUCAGGAACCUGAUGUUGUCGGAGAAUAUCAGGAUCGUGACACAGUCAAAGGUAACCAGUCGAAGAUUAAGAAACGCCCACAUGCAUCGUCCGACGGGGUGUUAGACCGGCCUACUGGCAGCUGUUUAAUAAAUCAGAGCGAGGAUGACUACACACAGAUAAGAGCCACACCGGCCAGCAGAUGGGGACUUGAGAAGCCAUUAGAGGUCGACAGUGACGUUGACAUUGGUAGUGUUGAUUACUACAUAACUCCGAAUCUCAAUUGCGGUACUUCCACAAUGCACCACAGCACAGGCUCAGACUGUGGCACUGGCACACAUCUAUUAGGUGUUGAGCCCAAAGCGGAAUAUACCAUCGCCAAUAUGAGUACAGACGCAGAAUCAAGCACUGGACAGGAUAUGACCACUACUACCACAACAACGGACACACAUAACAACAAUACCAAACGCACAGCUGGCACAAACACAACCAAGGCCACUGUAUCAGAACCCACCACUGCAUCGAGAUUGACAGUCAAUACUGUGACGGGCCAUCUUAACUCCACUCCGCCAAAUACAGCCCCAUUCGACGACGUGAGGAGGUCGCCUGCCAGCUCUGCAAAGGCAGCCGAUGGUACGAUACAGAAUGGGAAGAGUCACGGAAGUAGUGUACCUUUGCAAGGUAGUGAGACAGAGUCAACGGAAACAAAUAUGACUACACAAUCAGAUCAAAGACAAACUGGUCUAAGAUUAAGCCGUUGGUCGUCUGAAGGGCGGGCAAUAGGUGCCGGAAUGAUAGUAGAGGAGGAUGCGGAGGAAGAACUAAGUGCACUACGCAAGAAGGUCGCCAGUUUGACAG